AUGGACGACAACGACAAGCAACGCCCCCCCUCCCCCGAUGAGAAGCACGACAAUUCAAAGCAGUCCCACCAAAAAGCCUCCGUCCAUUACCCAGACGACAUCUCUCACAGCCCAGAACAUGUUCACGUUCACGAGACCAAGCCAGUUCGAUUUGACUCGUCCGAUCCGCCAUCAAGAGCUCCUUCACUAGCCCCUUCUGAGGACGAGUUAGAUGACGACUAUGAUUGGUCAACCGAGGAUGACCUUGUCGACGAGGAGGAAAAGAAGUUCGAAAAGCAGAUGGGUUUGAGGCAUGAGAGAGGCCGCUUUGUCAAAAUCAUCUCCUUUUUCCUAUCCACCUUACUUGGCUCUUUCAUAACAGCCUCGGUCAUUGUCGGCGUCGCCCUCGCAGUUCAUUUUCUCUAUUUUGAACGCAGCAACGACAGCAACCGCGAUCACAGACGCUUCGUGACCCAAAAUGUCGAAGCAUGGCUCUUCUGGGCUGCCUCCAACCUCUUGGUUUCAUGGUUCCUAGCCUUUCUGAUUAAUAUCAUUCCCGGCGUCGUCACCUGGGCUAUUUUUAUCGUUUGGGGCCAUAUUUCAGAGUCUAUGAAAUCUCGAGUGGAGCUGUACAUCUCCGUAAAAGAUACGAUCAAGCCCGCCUUUUAUGGCGCGUCUGGGUGGCUCAGCUGGGUCAUAUUGUUCCAACAUAUCUACCAUUUGUACGAUGCAGAUAAUGAGUCUGAAAGCCGAGCAUCUUACACGCCAAGAGUGUAUCAAGUCGUUCAAUUUGUGUUCUUCCUUGCACUUGUAAUAAGCAUACAGAGGAUGUUGUCUCAUCUGAUAGCUUUUGCCUUCCAUGAAACGGCAUUCAAGGACCGUUUGGAUGAGCUCAAGUUUGCGUUGAAAACGAUAGACCACCUCAAAAACUUCAAGCCGAGGCAUCAUCGUUCGUCAGCGAAAAUAUUUGGUGGCUUUACUCCCAGGGGAGCUUUCGGUUUCCGAUCUGGUGGUUCCACGCCGUAUGAUGAAAAAUCCCAUUUCAUGGCCGGAACAUCUCGUGUUGGUACACCCGACCCAUACGAUGACGGACACGCGGGUGACACCGAAGAUAACUCGACAUCAUCUAAGAAAGGCAAGGGAAAGCAAAAGCAUUCACGCGUGAAGUCUCCAAGUGCGACCACUUCACCUGGGGAGUCCAGACCCGAUUCUCCGGCAAACGCACUGUCCGGUCAACUUGUCACGAACGCACAUGAAGGCCACACGUACCCACCAAGGAGUCCUGAAUCCAGACCCAUCACCCCCGUGCGGAGGAAUUCAGACCCUUCGGAUGAGCUUGCUGUUGUGCAGGCCGGAAAGGCCUUAAAGAAGGCUGUGUUAUCUGACGCCCGGAACAUCACAGGCCAGGGAGAAGAAGAUGACCUCACGGGUCUCGGCUGGACUGUAGGUUCUACCCAAGAGGCAAAGAGAAUCGCUCGAUCAAUUUUCCUGGCUUUCAAAGGGGAUAAGAAACGCAAUUAUCUCGUACCCGAGGACCUUUAUCCAGCCUAUCCGAGUUCCGAUGAAGCAUUAGCAGCGUUCCGAGUGUUCGACAUUGACCAUAACGGUGACAUUGCUCGCGUAGAAAUCAAACGCGUGGUAGUUAGGACAUAUCGCGAACGCCGCUUCCUCAGCAGGAGCAUGCGCGACGUCGGAGAAGCCCUUCGUUCACUCAACCAAGUUCUCCUGGCAUUCGCCUUGAUCAUUCUCUUCUUCAUUUCUCUUUCCGUAUUCCAGGUCAAUAUUGGCAAAUCCCUUUCAUCAGUAUAUUCGAUUGGUAUUGCCGCUAGUUUCAUUUUCAAGAACACAGCAGCAAAUUUGUUCGACGCGAUCAUGUUCUUGUUUGUUACGCAUCCUUAUGACACUGGUGACCGUUGUUUCAUUGAUGAGGAAAACCUUGUCGUCAAGAAGAUGGGUCUAUUUGCUACGGUCUUUACUCGGGCGGACGGCACAGAAACAUAUUACUUCAACAGCCAAUUGUUUGCCAAAUUUAUCACGAAUGCCCGUCGGAGUGAUAAAAGCACCGAGCUGUGCACGCUGUUCAUUGACUGGCGGACUUCGCUGGAUAAACUCGAUGCACUGGAGAAAUCCCUAAAUGAUUGGCUUGAGACCGAAGAGAACAGAAUGUACGACCCCUCAACGAGCAUCGCCAUUCAAGAGAUUGAGUUUAUGCGGUACAUGAAAGUCACGAUCGGGAUUCCUCAUAACAGUAAUUGGCAAGACUGGGGCCUUCGAAACACCAGAAAGACGGCCUUCUACGCAGCAGCAACAUAUUAUUGCCGACAACUCGACAUCACGUACUACCUGUCUCCUAUGCCACUCACGUGGGCAGGUGCCAAUGAGGGCGGCUUCGCUCCUGCAUCUCCUGCAUCCGUGAAUCGUGAUAUUGAAGAGUCCAGUAUUUCAAAGGACGAAGCGAAGGAAAUGAAGCCUAUGCUCGGAUUCUUACCGCCACCGGAGAAACGUGACGCAAGCCUCUUGCGCGCACGGAAGAGCCGAAGUGGGAAGAAAGGCGCUUACCGCGCUAUGGAUGGAUAAAAUAUAUCGUCUGGAAGAAACGAAAAGCAUUGCAUCACUGAACACUACUGCAUCUUUGCAUAUAAACUCAUUUCCUCAUUUUUAUCACAUAAACACACUUGGGUGGUACUGACGCCUCGAAGGCGCUUUGCAUGGUGCUGGUCCAGCUUACUUGCAUAUUAGAUAACAUAUGUGGCCGUUAGAGGCCAAAAUUUCUCUUUUACUUCCUUUCUCCUGGUUUUCUGUUUGUCCUUUCCUGACUGGCAUAUCGUAAUGUAGUAGGGGCAUGUAUAUACGUGUCGUUCAUUCAUUUUGCCAAUAAAUCCCUCACGGCC